AUGACAGCUGACGGUGGUUCUAAAAUCACUCGUGAUAUAAGUGCUAGUUUAAACUAUAGCAAAGCCUUGCCUUCCAACAGUUCAUCAGAACAGUGGUUCAUCAACAUCAAUGCUUCAAACAAUGGAAACCGUGACCAGAAUUUUGAAAAUGACGUUAUCCAGACCACCAUACACGAUAUACGAGGCCAUGAAGCGGAAACACACAUAGACGUCACUGGUUUCCAAGCACUUCAUUCACCAAGCACAGUCGAUGCUGAUCUCAUUCUCAAUGGAACAGACGAGCAAUUCAAGGAAGCAUAUUAUGGUGAGGUUGAACAAUUGCUUAAACGCAUCACAGGCGCCAAUCACGUUGUUUUUUUCGAUCAUACCAUACGUAAAGUGAGACCAGGUCAGCUGGACGAUUCACCGUCGAAUCGUCAGCCUGUGCAACGGGUACAUGUCGAUCAAACGCCUAUUAGUGCUCAUGUACGAGUGAAACGGCAUGCAUCGAACGUCUCAUGGAAACGCUUUCAAUUGAUUAAUGUAUGGCGUCCAUUAAAGAAUGUUGUCUAUGAUUAUCCACUCGCUGUGGCUGACUUUCGUAGUAUCGAUGUGAUUAACGAUCUUAUUCCAACCACACUCAUCUAUCCACCUCCGACUCCCAAUGGAGAAACCUACUCUAUAGUUCACAAUCCCGAGCAUCGAUGGUGUUACUGGUCAAAUAUGACACCGGACGAAGUGUUACUCCUGAAAUGCUAUGACAGUGCUAGUCGAGCUCUCUCGAUAGUAAAAAUGAGCGCAGCUGAAGUGGACGAAACGCUAUUGAGCGAUGUCGCUGGUUUAACACCUCAUACUGGAUUCUACGAUGUUGAAGGAGCAAAGAUGGGACCAACUAGAAACUCAAUUGAAGUGCGAGCGCUUGUUUUUUAUGAUUAG